AUGCUUACAUUAAAGUCAUCCGUUUUUCUUUUGGCUGUUCUGUUGGCAGGCGAAAGCGCUUCUAUAAGUGCCACUUCAGACUCGGCAUCGAUAAACAACAACCAAAAUUACUGUGAGAAUAUCGUUUGUCAAGAUGGUUUCCACUGUGAUCCGAGCUAUAAAUGCACGCGGAUCCCGUGCGUGCCACAGUGUAUUGAGACGGGAAUCAGAACGGAUUGUCGCAAAAACGAGGAGUUGAAUGAGUGCGGAAACGGAUGCGAGCCGACAUGUCAAGAGGAGAAUCCGGUUUGUCCAGCAAUUUGUGGUCCUCGUGCAUGUAAGUGUGAAGUGGGUUAUGUGCGCGAGCCGAUGGGUCGUUGCAUUAAGAGAGCGCAAUGCCCGAUGGCGCGUUUGCCUCGACCAAGGGGUCAAACGAGAAAUGGUGGAAAGAGAUCG